GUACUUCUAGCGAGGAGCGGACACAGAAAGAAAUCAAAAGGAUCAAAUAAACCUUGUCAAAACAGAAGAAAAUAGGAAUGUCUUUAAACGUUAUAUAGCCUCAUAACGAUUAGACACCCAAGAAGGACAAGGUUAGGUUAAAAAAAAGACGGUGAAAUAGACAUUCAAGUGCUUCGGAUAUCCAGACCUACAAGUCAUCUAUAUUUUGCUUGUGAGUGAGAGGAGGAAGGAACUGUCAAAUCGCCGAAAGAAAAACACAUCCCGAACAUCAGUCAAAUCAUGAAUCCAGAAUAUGACUACCUGUUCAAGCUCCUCCUUAUUGGUGACUCCGGUGUGGGAAAGUCCUGUCUUCUGCUCCGCUUUGCUGAUGACACCUACACGGAGAGCUACAUCAGCACCAUCGGUGUAGACUUCAAGAUCCGUACCAUCGAGCUGGACGGCAAGACCAUCAAACUACAGAUUUGGGACACUGCUGGUCAGGAGAGGUUCCGCACCAUCACCUCCAGUUACUACAGGGGCGCCCACGGCAUCAUCGUGGUCUAUGAUGUCACAGAUCAGGAGUCAUACAACAAUGUGAAGCAGUGGCUGCAGGAGAUCGAUCGCUACGCCAGCGAGAACGUCAACAAGCUGCUGGUGGGGAACAAGUGUGACCUCACCACCAAGAAAGUAGUGGACUACACAACAGCCAAGGAAUUUGCUGACUCCCUGGCCAUCCCCUUCCUGGAAACGAGUGCCAAGAACGCCACCAACGUGGAGCAGGCCUUCAUGACCAUGGCUGCUGAGAUCAAGAAGAGGAUGGGCCCCGGGGCCACAGCUGGAGGGGACAAGCCCAACCUGAAGAUAGACAGCACCCCUGUCAGGCAGUCUGGAGGGGGGUGCUGUUAAACUGGACUCUGUUCUGGAUGCUCUCCUCUUCUUCACCCUCCCUGCUCUGGGCUUCACUUCCUCCACCUCUUAAUCCCUCAGCCUCCCUCCCAUCUCCCGUUCUCUUACUCUUGCCGCGGGAUGGGUGGUUGGAUAGGGAGGGGAGGAGUUGAGGGGUGAGAACUGGGGACUGACUUUAAGACCGUAUCUCCCCACAAAAAAGUAAAGAGAAAAGUUAGGUGGGGGUUAGGUUGAGAACUUUUUUUCUUUUUUUCCAAGCGAUGAGUCAGGAAUGUGAACUGAUAUGAGAAAAGAUUGGUAUUGACUUAGAGGAGAACUGGGUGAUAGAAGAUUAGGUUUUAGAUUCCGGCGAGCGCUUAUCUUUCUCCCUCUCCUGUGUACACACACACGCACACACACAGACAGACAGAACAGGGGGCGGAGUGAUUCUCCCAUAGGAAGUCGUCACAGGUGAGGUUCUCUUUCCUUUAGGCUAUGUCUGUCAUUGCUAUCCAAUGGAAGUCCUUUAGCAAAUUCAGUUUAGAGUGCUACAGUAAUCUGUCAUUUAUGUAUUGGACCUGUUUUAUCUCAGACUGCUGGGGUGCCUUGUAGUCAUGGCGACGUGUCACCGUCUUAAGUCCGUUUAUAGGUAUCAAGUGAGUGACGUUUUCAAUCUAGCCUACGGUCUACGUUCCACAUGCAAUAGUAACACUAAUGCACUAUUUAUACCCAUGUAUCCAUCCAUCCAUCCAGUAUGAACUGAAUUGGCAUUGGGGCAGACUGCACCACUACCAGCGUCCUAACAACUGAGUCAUUCAUCAUAUUAAUCGAUGAGGAUACGGGUAUCUAGGAUACGGGUAUCUUAGAAAUAGAAUGAAUAGACCGGACUCUGAAGGAAGGCAUCAGCAGAGAGGGGAGAGACAUACACUUUGUCUGUGUGGAGAAGAGGGUGCUGGGAAGGAUCGCUCUGACUCCCCGUAGAGCCUGAGCUUUAGGUUGAUUCGACACAGAACAGGAGAACUUUUGGUUGAACUUGGAAUCACUCCUUCCCUUCAUCCCUCUACAUGCAGAUGGGAGGAUGUAGUGAGAGACUCUUGGUUUUUGAGUGCUUUAAUAUACUGUAUGGUGUUAGUUAGCUCACAUCACUCCUCUUGUUAGGAUUUCACAUGUAAAAAAAGACCAAGCAUAAAUAUUUGAGAUCUGCUUAAGUCAUGUUUGUAUGUCUUUUAAGUUGUCAGGACUCCAUAUUACAGUAUGCCCAAGGUGGUUCUUCAACAUAAACAGACAGUGUACACACACACACACACACACACACAGAACGGGGCAUGACGUAGUACUAGAUUAGUGACGGGAGUAUGUCGGGGCUUGGGCAAGCGAUAUUCAACUAAUUAACAGGACAUAUGAAAUAAGAAAUUGGCAAUAUUCUCUCUUCAUAUUCAUAGAUUAUUGUUCAUAUUUUAUUGUUAUUACAAUGAUUUUAUUAUUUGAUAUUUGUAUUUUCUGUCAUUUUUUCUAAUGGAAAAAGCUUGUAAAAAUUGCUUGAAAUGUUGUCCAACUUCCUUUAUCGGGUGGGUUGGGAUGUUGUUUGGUCGGGGGAGUUGGGGAGUUGUCUCUGAAAGCUACUGUUCCCUCCUGUGCCUCACUGGACUCCGAAAGAUACGGACCGCGUGCAUAUCCUCUGUAGCAUGUCACACCACAGGAUCUUUACGCCUUGGCCAUGGCCCACUUCUCAGACCGUGUUGCCAUCCACCAUUUGUCAUCACGUGUCCCACAGUGCAGUUCUUUUAUGGUUGUCAUGGUUUCAUGUCAGUUAGUGUGGUCAUUAUGAAAGGUAGCCAUUAUGAAGCGUAGCCAACUCAUUACCCCUCUCUCUAGAUCAGUGCGUGAAUGGUGUUCUUCAAUCUUCAUCAUUGUCAACUGCUAGCUAGUUCCAGUAGCCUCUAUAUAGCUUAAGACAUGGAGUGUGUUUGGCUGAUCAGAAUGUGUGUUAAUGGGCCUGGCUUUCCUGACUGAGUCCCCCUUCUACAGGAACCUGCCCUGCGCUGUUCCCUUCCCAGUCUGUUCUCAUGGCUGUGUGUGAUUUCUCAGGCAUUCCUAUGGAACUAUGGAACCUAGCAGGAAAGUGGAGAAAACCCUCCAACCCCUGACCUUAACCUACCCCUGACCCUAACCUACCCCUGACCUUAACCAACCCCUGACCUUAACCAGCGCUAGUUUUGAAUUAAUGUAAUGCACUACAGUACGGCUAAUACUACUAAUAUGGCCUCUAAGCUUUUUAUGUUCUUGACAACAAAGAAUAUAGGCCUUUGUCGGUUAUUACAACCUCAGUUUUCGAUCCAUUUUUCUGUAGAAGUAGUCAUGGUUUACAACGGGACUGGGAGGAAAAUGGUUGAAAUUGCAGUGACGUACUGUUAGCCAGGACUGGACCCACAGACCCGUUACAGCACUAUAGUGAGCCUGUUGUGGAAUGGACACCUCCAUCUGGUCCUCUUGGUUAGCCCUUGGUGUUGCCAGUCUGACAUGGUGCAGUAGGCAGUGUGUGACCGUUCUAACCUUCGACCUGUACGUCUUUAUGACUAUGAGAAGAGCAGACUGGAAGGGUCGUACUCUUAACGACAACUAUGUAAGCGUGUUGCACUGUCAUGUUAUAUGGUCAUUGAGCCUUGUUCAGUUUGGCGUUGAGCAUUCCAUUGGGUUUGAGCAUGUUAUGUCAUCAUGGUCACGUUACGGUCUUAGAAUAAGUCCUAGAUUCUGGUUCAUUGGGUCGGAGUGAGUUUGACUGUGCUUGAACGUUCAGGGGUAGCAGGGACUGACUGGUUUUGGCAUGCAGACCGGAUAGGAACUCCCAUCGGCCUCUUUAAGCCAAUCAAUAUAUUACAACAAUGUUCUCUGAAUGGCUCCUACUACUCAUCGAUAAAACGGAAACUGGCUUGGACUUUCCCGGUCGGUCUUUGACAGGUAGUUGAAGUUAAGGUGGCACAGACUCGGCCUCCCACAGCCUCGGCCUCCCGGCUCAGAGCUCCAUGUAGUAACGUGAAGUUGCAGCCUCAAACUGAUGUCCAAUGUGUACUGACGAGUUAGUGAGCGCUUACUCUGCAGAACACAGCUACCAACCAGUCUAUGGCAUUAAGGUCUAGAAGAGCGACGCGAGGGCUGAGAGCAGGUUUAACAGAAAGUAUCUGUUUGUAGAUGUGAUUCUUUAGGGUAGUAGAUACAGCAGUCAUCUUAGCACUAAUGUUAAGGUGUUGUCUUUUUGGUAGAGCCUUUUACAGAUGUGGUUUGGCCAAGCCUGCGAUGCGAUGCAAGACUCAACCAGACUGGAUUGUGUGCCAGCUCUCAUUUCAUGCUCAUUCAGUUUGGUAUGAUGAAUUUGAGGAUCUGGUAGGCCUAAGUAAUCGCUGGUAGGAAGGGAGGGAACAGUAGUGUGUGGGGUCAGGGUCGGGGACGGUCUGUGUGCGUGACAUUCCUGCUCCCUGAGCACAGGUAGGCUUUUCUCUCAAAUCUCACAAGUCCUUCUGAGAAUGAAACGAUUGUUUGCAACUCUCCACACAGACACACGCACACUCGGUCACACAGACUCGCUAAAUUGGACGUUUCACGCUAUAACAGUGCUUUUUGAUUUGUUCUGAAUGUGCUUUUCCUACCAAGAAUUCUUGAUAUUCUGAUUUUAAUAUAUUAAUUGAAAAUAUACUGUGGUAAUAUUGUGUCCGGUCCAUCGACGGAUAUGAGGGAGGGGUUUAGGAAAUGAGGGUGGGACAACACGUGGGGGUGGAGUUAGCAGCUGGCUUUGUUUGGGCUCGUACUCAAAUGUGAUUGAUGGAACUGCUCAAAUCUUUUAUUUUUUUUAUUUUUUUCUGUGUAAUUUGCACACUUCUUUGUGGCUUUCCCAUGGCUUAAUAAUGGAACACGUGUUCUUUAAUAGCGAGCGUCAUGCAGGUCCCCUCCUGAUCCUCAAUUUUUUUCAGUUUUUCGCUUGUCCACUUUGGUGCUCUCUGUCUCACUGCUGAGUUUGAUCAUGAUGUUUUUUUUUAUGUACAUAUUAUAAAUAUAUAUAUAUAAUAAAAUGAAUACAAAAGAUCAAUGUCAA